CCUUCAAACCAAUGACAAACUGAAGCUCACGCGCGUUUACGCUGUGGACUCGGUUCUGAGCGGAACAAACUGACAGGCAGCAGCAGGUCCGCUUCGCAGUUCGAAACAUCCGACGCUUACUAUAAGAUCUUUGUGUCUCCUCGGAGGAGACGCGUGCCGCUGCAGAGGCGAUAACGCAAAAAGCGCGUGCUCUUUUCAAACCAACUCUACCUGUACGCGCGCGCGCUCGAGCGAACGGGAGGGAUUCGUUCAUUUCCAGGAACCGGGCUGCGCGACUCCCAUUUCUCACAGGACCAAGACGGCAAUUCACGUCAAUUAAACGGGAAUAACGGCUUAUAUUUCUCUUCGCCGCGAUUAUGCACGUCCAGUCCGGAUUAUAGUGAGAAGAGUAACGUUAAGCAGUUUUCCACAGUAAUAGAUCAAGUCCAGGAGUGACUCGGUUCGGAAGAUAUUCCAGUCCAAAUCUGAGUAGUAGUUGAGCCCGAAGGAGUUUGCACAAUGCCACUUGCUCAACUAGCAGAACCAUGGCCCAAAAUGGAGCUGGUGCAGUUGGAGACGGAGAAUGGGCAGAGCUUACAUGAGGAUGGAGUCAGUGCGGCGGUUAAGCACAAGUCAGAGAUCACAUGGGUAGAGCGAGAGUUUGCUGAUAUCAAUGUUAAGGAAGAUGGUGACAUUAAGGAGAUCAACAUCACAAAUGUGGUUAAGGAGGGGUCGGAGAAAGCAGACACGUCCCAGUUCGAGCUGCUCAAAGUUUUGGGACAGGGAUCCUUUGGAAAGGUGUUUUUGGUUAGGAAGAUAACGCCUCCUGAUAGUAACCAGCUCUAUGCCAUGAAAGUCUUGAGAAAGGCCACACUUAAAGUGAGGGACCGUGUGAGAACUAAAAUGGAGAGAGACAUUUUGGCAGAUGUGAACCACCCGUUUGUGGUUAAACUCCAUUAUGCAUUUCAGACAGAAGGUAAACUGUAUCUGAUUCUGGACUUCCUCAGAGGUGGUGAUCUCUUCACCAGGCUGUCAAAAGAGGUGAUGUUUACAGAAGAAGAUGUGAAGUUUUAUCUGGCUGAGCUGGCGUUGGGUUUAGAUCACCUGCAUAGUCUCGGCAUCAUCUACAGAGACCUCAAACCUGAAAACAUCCUUCUGGAUGAAGAGGGACAUAUCAAACUCACAGAUUUUGGACUGUGUAAAGAGGCUAUCGAUCAUGAGAAGAAAGCUUACUCUUUCUGUGGGACAGUGGAGUACAUGGCUCCAGAGGUUGUCAACAGACAGGGACACGCUCACAGCGCCGACUGGUGGUCAUUUGGUGUACUGAUGUUUGAGAUGCUCACUGGAUCACUGCCAUUCCAGGGAAAAGACCGAAAGGAAACAAUGAACCUCAUCUUGAAGGCGAGGUUGGGGAUGCCUCAGUUUCUGAGCUCUGAAGCUCAGAGUUUACUAAGAGCUCUCUUCAAGAGGAAUCCUAUCAACAGACUUGGAUCUGGGUCAGAUGGAGCUGAAGAGAUCAAACGGCAUGCGUUCUUCAUGACCAUCGACUGGAAUAAACUUUUUAGGCGAGAGCUAAAACCUCCAUUCAGACCAGCUGUGGCCAGACCAGACGACACAUUUUACUUCGACUCUGAGUUCACCUCUCGUACCCCUAAAGAUUCUCCAGGUGUUCCCCCCAGCGCAGGCGCUCAUCAGCUUUUCCGGGGAUUCAGCUUUGUUGCCACGGCGAUGCUAGAAGAGGAGGGCAAAGUGGAGCCAACACGGCCUCCUCCACACCCUGUAGUACAGCAGCUUCACGGUAAGAACGUCCUGUUCAGUGAUGGUUACGUGUUGAAAGAGGACAUCGGCAUGGGCUCCUUCUCUGUCUGCAAACGCUGCAUACACAAAGCAACCAACACAGAGUAUGCAGUAAAGGUGAUUGAAAAAAAAAGCACUGACCCGUCUGAAGAAAUCGAGAUCCUGCUGAGAUACGGCCAGCAUCCCAACAUCAUCACCCUUAAAGAUGUGUAUGAUAACGGGAAGCAGGUGUAUCUGGUCACAGAGCUCAUGAGAGGAGGAGAGCUGCUGGACCGAAUCCUCAAGCAAAAGUCUUUCUCGGAGAGAGAGGCCAGCGCCGUACUGCACACUAUCACAAAGACUGUUGAAUACCUGCACUCUCAAGGGGUUGUGCACAGGGACCUAAAGCCCAGCAAUAUUCUGUAUGUUGAUGAGUCUGGAAAUCCAGAUUCUCUGCGCAUCUGUGAUUUUGGCUUUGCCAAGCAGCUCCGGGCGGACAACGGCCUCCUCAUGACGCCCUGUUACACUGCCAACUUUGUAGCACCUGAGGUACUGAAGAGACAGGGUUAUGAUGAGGGCUGUGACAUUUGGAGUCUUGGAGUGUUACUGUACACUAUGAUUGCUGGUUUUACUCCGUUUGCCAACGGACCGGAGGACACUCCAGAAGAGAUUCUGAGUCGGAUAGGGAGUGGCCACUUUACCUUGAAGGGAGGCAACUGGGACGCAGUGUCUGAUGCAGCUAAGGAUUUGGUCUCUAAGAUGCUUCAUGUGGAUCCACACCAGCGGCUCACAGCCAAGCAGGUAUUAAAGCAUCCCUGGAUUGUUCAGAGAGACAAACUUCCCAACAGUCAGCUACAACACCAAGAUGCCAAACUUGUCAAGGGUGCGAUGGCGGCCACGUACUCCGCACUAAAGAGUUCCCAGCCUCCGCCGGAGCUGAAACCCAUCGAAUCAUCGUUCCUAGCACAGAGACGGGUGAAAAAACUGCCCUCCACCUCACUGUAAAGAAUAAGGGAGGAUACGUGGAGACUUAUGAUGAGUACAGUUUCAGAAGGGACCAUACUGACUAAGACCUGCCCGUCUCAUCAGCAAGACUGUCAAGCACGAUAGAGAAGUGAUUGGCUGAUAAAAUUUGAGGGCGGGGCCAGAGAGGAUUGAGUAUGCGUGUCCCUCAGGAUUGAGUAUGCGUGUAUGUGCGUGUGUGAUUUCAAUGAACCAAGGUAAAGGAUACCGUAACUAAACAGAUGCUAUUGCCAGUCCAUCUAUGUCUUGGUACUGUAAACCCUGAAUAUCAACACUGCUGUAUUCAUUAUUUUUUAAUCUGGAUUGCAUUAGAUUUAUUUGUUUUCUUAACGGGUACAACGGGACUGCUGUACUUCUUCUCCUAAAAGCUUUUUGGCUUUCCAGUUAUCACUUUAGUCCAUCACAAAGUUAUCUUCCUGAAAGCAUAACAUGACCUGGAGAAGAGAGACAGUGUCCCAGUGUAAUAUUUCACCCUGAGGAACGAGUAAAGGUUAAAUAUAUCUUCCAUAAUAGUCACGUGAUUAUCGACCUAACCCAGACAGCAGACGACUCUGGGAAAAUCCGCACCAGAUCCGGCCCACAGUCGUCUGCUUUCUGGGAAGCGUAGAGAUGAAUGCACUGGAAAAAAAUAUUUUUAAGAAAAAAAAUCUUAGUAUUUCUGUCUUGUUUUCAGUAAAAAUAUCAAAAAAUUCUUAAAUUAAGAUGCUUUUUCUUGAUGAGCUAAAC